CCUGACACAGUGGGUAGCCCACAGCAUCCUGCCCUGCAGUGUGGAGCUUCUGUACAGUAGAGGAGGCACACAUCACAUCAGGAGCAGGAUCCAGCCCUCUGGUGAUGAAAGACUCAGGAGGGAUGCUAUAGCUAGCAAGGAGUGGCUAUGGAGGAAGGGGAGGGACAUCUCAGUGAGCCGAUGCAGUUGUGUUUGUAUGACUUCAGCCCCUGAGACGUAGGCCGAGGCUCACUCAUGGCGGACACUAAGCUGUUUGUGACGGGGGCGCCCCCUCUGGAUGUGAGGGAUAUGGAGCUGGAUGUGCUGGGCUUCCUGGACUCUCUGGGGGAGGACAACAUCACUGCAGCAGAGAGGUGCUACCGCUCCCACUCCCGCAGCAGUGUCCUGCAAGGCCUGCCCUUUGGAGGGGUGCCCACGGUCCUCGCCAUUAAUGUUGUCAUGUGGAUGUUUCUGUUACUGAUCUUCUCCUGUUUGAGGAAGGCUGCGUGGGACUAUGGCCGUCUGGCUCUAUUGAUGGAGAAUGACAGCCUCACGUCCUUGUUCUACGGAGAGCAGAGUGAGAAGGAGAAGUCCCCGUCAGAGUCCAGCCCUUCAGACUCCGAGACCAAGGACUUGGGCUUCUGCUCUUGGCUUACAACAAUCUAUCAUAUGAAGGAUGAUGAGAUCAGGAGUAAAUGUGGCAUCGACGCUACGACCUACCUGUCCUUCCAGCGCCACAUCAUCCUGCUCAUGACCGUGGUCUGCCUGCUGUCUUUGGCCAUCAUCCUGCCUGUCAACUUUUCCGGGAACCUCCUAGGGGAUAAUCCUGAGAAUUUUGGAAGAACGACUGUGGCUAAUCUUCCUGCAAAGGACAGUUUCCUGUGGCUCCACAGUAUCUUUGCUCUGCUCUACUUCAUCAUCACAGUGCUGUGUAUGGCGCAUCACUCCUCACGCCUGGAGUACAGAGAGGACGAGAAGGUGGCCAGGACUCUCAUGAUCACCUGCAUCCCCAGAGAGAUCUCCGACCCAGGCCUCAUCACAAAACACUUCCAUGAGGCUUACCCCAGCUGUACUGUCACUGACGUCCGCUUCUGCUUCAAUGUACACAAACUGAUGAUGCUGGACUCUGAGCGACGGAAGGCGAUGAAAGGAAGGCUGUAUUUCGCCACUAUGUCCCAGAAGGAGGGGAAGAUCAUGAUGAAGAUCCACCCCUGUGCUACCAUAUUCUGCUGUGAUGUGUGCGGCUUUGAGCAGGUGGAUGCAGAGCAGUACUACAGUGAGCUAGAGGAGAAACUGACUGAUGAGUUUAAUGCAGAGAAGCACCGCAUCUCGCUCAAGAGGCUGGGCAUCGCCUUCGUGACUUUUCGGGAUGAGAGGAUGACUGCUGUUAUUGUCAAGGACUACAGCCGGGUUGGUUGCCGUCGGAGACCCAAGCAGUCUAGCAUCACCACGGUAGUUCAGUCUCACAGGUGGGGUGUAGGCUAUGCCCCAGCUCCAAGCGACAUCAUCUGGGAGAACCUGUCGCUGUGUGGCUCCCGCUGGUGGCUGCGCUUUGUCCUGCUCAAUAUCCUCCUCUUCCUACUCCUCUUCUUCCUCACCACGCCCGCCAUCAUCGUCAACACCAUGGACAAACUCAACGUCACCCGGCCUGUUGACAGCCUGAGGAGCCCGAUCAUCACUCAGUUCUUCCCUACCCUCCUGCUCUGGGCGUUCUCUGUCCUGUUACCCUUCAUAGUCUACUACUCUGCCUUCUUCGAGUCUCACUGGACCAGAUCCAGUGAGAACCAGAUCACGAUGCACAAGUGCUUUGUACUGUUGGUGUUCAUGGUGAUCAUCCUGCCCUCGCUGGGUCUUUCCAGUCUCGACCUGUUCUUCAGGUGGCUGUUUGAUGUCAAUUUCCUGGAAGACAAGAAUAUCAAAUUUGAGUGUGUGUUCCUGCCUGAUAACGGAGCGUUCUUCGUGAACUACGUGAUCACGUCCAGCCUGAUUGGCACGGCCAUGGAGCUGCUGCGUAUCCCAGCUCUGAUGGUGUAUGCGCUGCGUCUCUGCUUGGCCAAGCCCGGGGCCGAGCGCAUCCACGUCAAACGGAGCCAGGCCUAUGAGUUCCAGUUUGGUCUGCAGUAUGCCUGGACCAUGUGCAUCUAUGCUGUUAGCAUGACCUACAGUAUCACCUGUCCCAUCAUCAUGCCCUUUGGGCUGCUCUACCUGAUCCUGAAACACAUGGUGGACCGCUACAACAUCUAUUAUGCCUACGUGCCCACCAAGCUCAACCAGCGCAUCCACACUGCAGCCAUCAGCCAGGUCAUCGUGGCGCCCAUCCUCUGCAUGUUCUGGCUCCUGUUCUUCUCCGUGCUCAGACUGGGUCCAGUGCAUUCCAUCACCCUCUUCACCUUUGUGUCCCUGCUCUCCUGCCUUGCCUUCUCCCUCCUUGGCCUAUGCCUUAGGAAACAGCCUGACAAGUCAUCAAGCUACCAGAUGUCAGACCAGGUGUCUGCUGACCAGCCAGCAGAAGGGGCCUUCGCUAAUGCAGAGAGAAGCUCCACCCCCUCCACCACCCCAUCUAAUCUGUUUCUGGCAUCUGUGUUGCUGGAGCCGGAACUAGGCCUGACCCCGAUGCCCUCCCCAGCUCACCAGAGCUACGGGACCAUGGCCAGCUCCCAGGACCGAGAGGAGGAGGAGGAGGACCAGGUUGAAACCGUUGAGACAGAGCUCCAAGAGACCCCAGACCCUUACUACGCCAUGGACAGCCCAGUGGGUAACCAGUGACCUACACCUGUGAUAUAAGGGAGCGAAAGAUGCCACAAUGCUGCAUAUUUACCUUUUAACCUCAGAAUCACAUCCAACUGCCUCAGCCCCUCUGACUGGACCCAUGUUUGUGAGACCAUUUGGAUUGUGUCUUUGGAGGUUCUUUGGAACCCAAGGCUGAAAUAAUUUCUUCCUCAGCCCUGUGGCGGGGAUGUGGAGAAAGGAUGCAAGUGGCCUUCUCUCCCUCAGUGUACAGAAGUCAGUGACCACACCACAACAUCUCUCAAAGCUGUCAUCAUAAAUGAACCAUACGGAGGAUACUUCAAACAAAAGUGCUGUCAUUUUCUGACUUACUGCUUCAUAAUUUUCUCCCUUUCUUCCCUCUAUAAGUUGCAUGGAAUGAAUUAACUAGCGAGGAAGGACACUGGGACAGGAGUAGGGGUGAAUUUCACCAACUACCCUACGAGACAGAGUGGUCUUGGCUCUGGUGUGGUAGAGCUCCGUGAGGCAGAGGGUUGCGGGUUGUAAUCAAGCCAUCUGCAGUGAGAGAACAGGACAGACGGAUGGAGGGCAGAGUGGAUCUCGGAGCUCUAACACUCCCUAUGGAGGAGAAGGCACAAGGAACCCAAUGGGACCUGAUGCUAUUGUAUUUUUUAUUUUUGUCAAGGCUGUUAUUUUUGCUAUUCUGUAGUUGCCCGUUGUAUGUGAUAUUAUUGUGCUGAAGGGCGAGGGGCAGGCUGCUUAUUGUUUAAUAACAAUGUAUUUAUGGUGCCAUCCCUUUAUUGUUUAUAAAUAUGACUGUGAAAAAGGUGUCUUCUUGUUGGACAAGUCCAGGUAGUCAACCAUUUCAAAACAUGAUCUCCAAUUUACUUUGGUUUUAUGUUUUGCAUAAAUGUCCCGCAGCAAAAAGUAGUCAAGAAAAAAUACUAAUAGUUCUCUAUUGCAUCGUGGUUUCAGUAGUCCAAACCAGUCCUCUCCACUGCAUGUUGAGAAUGUGGUUUAAGAGAAAGGACUUGUCUGUACAUUGUUAUACUCCAUGUCCACCCUCAAACUAAACGGCUUUCUCUAAUGCUGCAUAAGACUCAGCUGACAGUCAUCUUUGCUAGUGUUGUAUUGCAAGUGUUUUGCUGCUCGAAGGAGAGGUUUCCUUGCCAGACUGAAUGUAAACUGAUUGUGGUUAGUAAUCGUGCUCUCUUGCUGUGCCUUGAAGAAAAUCGCUCUUUCGUCUAGCAAUCCAGCAUGGCCUGAAAUAUGCUGCAUGGACUGAACUAAAAACCAGUGAAAAGAUGUAGACAGACUUAAAUUAACAAACACACACAGAGUAGCGUAUGGCCAUAGUUCUAUCAAAUGCCACCCAUAAGCAGCUAUUAUCUUACUCCCAUCAUUUGUGUGAGCAGCCAUCCUCCUAUGAAUAGUUCCCUCAGCCAAUAAACAAGCAGGGUUUAAAUAAGUAUUAUGCAAAAUACUUAUUUUCGGUGUAAUUUGAGUAUUUCAAAAUAAUGUGGCCAAAGUCCGCUUCUAUUUAAAGUAUUUUCAAAUAAUUUCCUAUAAAUUGCUUUUUUAUUUUAAACAAUUAAAAAUGACAAACUAAAAUAUCACCCAUAGGACCAGGUUCAAAUGCAUGGUAUUAAAAUAUUUGUAUUUGAAAAUACAAUUGUCUGUAUUUGACUAUUUUCAAAUACUUUACAAAUGUAUUUCCCAAAAUACAUUCUAAUAUUCAACUGCUUGUAUUUUCAUAACAACAUCUAAAUACCUACUUCAAAGUGCAUUUGAAAGUAAUUUAAACACCCAGAUCUGACAAACAGUGUGCUCCACAGACCACUGGGCUAAUGAUAUUGACUCAUUAUGUGCUGACUGGAUCUUCUAGUCUUUUUUUUUUUUUCAAUGAAAUGAUUUGGAUUGUAGCUUAAGGUGCCUUGUUGUGGGUGUCACUCUCUGUCUGCAGUUUCUAACUGUUGUAUUCUGUGAUCAUAUAGCCAAUCUCUUUGUAGAUUCCUUUGAAACUUGUUUCUCUGGUGUCUUGGCCCUUCCUACAAUGUUAUGAUAAGUUAUUGUUAGUUAUGUUUGUCAUCAUGCAGAAAUGGUGGUUCCUGUUUUUUCCUGAACCCAAAGAAAGCUACAGAAUAUAUAUAUAUAUAUAUAUAUAUAUAACUGUAAAAUUGUUUGCCUAAGAAAUGUCACCUAAAGAUACAGGUCCAGGUACUUUUUAGUGCAUCCCUGGGAAGGUUGCCAUUUUAUGGUCAUUGAAGUAUAUUCUUGAUAUACCCUGAUGUCUUUAUUUGCUAUAAUUUAUUAUUAUUAUAAAUAGUGUUUGUUAGAAGUGGUUUUGUCAAACGGACAGAAUAUUAUAGGAUAAAUCUAGUGUGUCUUAUAAAAUCUAAGUUAUUUGUUUAAUUUCAGGGGAACUAGAAUUGUUUUAUGAACAAAUGUCCAGCAUAAAAACAAACUGAUCAUCCCAAAACGAGUCACUGUGUUAUGUUCACGGUGUAGGCCUACGCUACCAUCUGAGAUGUUCAUUGUGGAGAGCAACUCAGUAAAAUCAGUUUGAACAGCACAUCACAGAAACCAUAAACAAAAAAGUGCCUAAGCUCACCAAAUGUGUGCUCUGGAUUUCAGCAUGUCGUUUCACAGGCCAUGACGUUCAUAUAUAGGCGCUACUUGGUCAAUCCGAUGUCUGCAUUGGCCGUGAAGCAUUUACUGCGGUACGGCCUCUUCAGAAGUCAGGGCAUUCAUACUUCUUGCGCUUCGUGGAGCAGCGCAGAGCUGUUAAGGAAGUGAGCUUGUGUUUAUACAGGACCUCCCGCCCUCACCUACCGUCAACCAAUCAUGUAAAUGCGGAGCUAUAUGGAGCUCUCCAGUGCUACAAAAGUUGAGGCUACGGCGACGCAGUACAGAGCUCAUUUUGGCCUCUGCAUUCAUCCGUAGGCUUCCUAUUAAAACAUGUUAAUCAAUUUAUUUGUUAUGGUGGUCAUAACGGUUGAGUAAACAUCAAAAAGAAAGCUUGGUUCUUUAUGUUCCAAUAACAAUGAGUGGGGGAAUGUACUUGUAAAACUCACUGAGAUUUGAUUCCAAAUUAGCUCUGUUGUACCUCUUUGUCAUUUGUGCUCAUACAUCAAAUGCUCUUCACAUGGGUGCCCUGGCUCUAUUUUGGGGAUACAGUGGUUUUCCACUUAGGCCAAGCUCUUAUUUUUAUCCUUUACAGGAAACUGGUGUGUCCUUACUGAAGUACUACUUAUAGAUUUCUCUGAAUCAUUUACUUUUGCAGGGAAAUAAAGUAAAACAAACAUUCUGUCAUCUUGA